ACGAAUUUUCAACAUUCAAAUCUCGACGAAUUUUUUCCACGUAUCCACGAUACACGACUAAAAGUUUUCUUAACUUUCAACAAGGCAUGAAUUUUUAAUGUACUCUUAAUAUAGAGGAAAAAAAACUCAUGUGUUUGUGGAUUGCCAAUGCCAAUGUUCAACUUCAACAUUACUAGACCAUGUCAUAUUCGAGGAAUUCUAAUUGGAGCCAACCUGGUACGAGUCACCGACCUAAUUCCAAAGCUGUAAAACCAAAAAAUGGCUAUGUUUUGAUUGCUGACAUUGGUUCUCCUACUUCAAAGAUAUUACAUUGUGACAGAACAUAUGCUCAACAGAUUAAAGAAUGCCUUAUUGCGUUCAUCCAACAGAAAAUAUUCAUAAAUAAUGCAAUUGAUGAUGUAGCUGUUAUAUUGAGUGGAUCAGAUAAGACACAAAAUAGCCUUGAUUAUAAGAACAUUCAAGUUCUGAAGAACAUGGAGAAAGUCAGUUGGGAGACAGCAAAACUUGUGAAUGAAACUGUACAAACAAAAAAUUGUGAAGGAGAUUGGAUGGAUGCCUUGGGUGUUGCACUAGACCUGAUCCACAGGAAAGUGAAAGCUGGGAAUGUCUACAGUUCCAUUCAAAUAAUAUUUUUUACUGCAUUUGAGUCACCCUUCAAAACUUCUGAGAGAACCCAGAAAGCCUAUAUAUCUGCCCUUUUGGCUGAACAUACCAGCCUGUUUAUUGUAGGAUCAAACAUAAAUCAAGAAAUGCUAGAGAAUGAAGAAAAGAUGAGUAAAGGAGAACUAACUGCCUGUCAACUUAUUCAAGAGGCUAAUGGAGGAAUUUAUAGCUUUGGAGAUUUUUCUGCUGAUGUGGUUAACGUAACGGAGCAACCAAAAAUUGGUUCACCGUUUAAUGUAACUUUAGAUAUUGGAUCUAAAAUCCAAAUUCCAAUUUCUGCUUACAUAAAAACGAAAAAGAGCGAUAGCCUUAAAUGGAGUGAAGAAAUAAGCACUGGUGAAGCCCUUGUUGAUAAAGAAAGAACCUAUCAGAAGGAACAAUCGAACGCAAUUAUAGACAAACAAGAUGUCUUGACUGCUUUCAAAUAUGGUAGCAGAAUCAUCCCAAUAACAGUUGAGGACGAGAAACGGUGGAGUUACAAGUCUGGAAACAAAUGCUUGUCCGUCUUAGCUUUUGUAGAUCCCAUUCCUCCUCAGUUUGGUUCAGGGACCGGAACAAGAUUUAUUUUUUCACACCGGAAAUCGGGCGUUGUUGAUCGCAAUUCACAAAUUGCCUUAUCAGCCCUUAUUAACGCAAUGGCAGAGACGGGUAAAGUUGCACUUGUUCGAUAUGUUUAUGCGAACAACUGCCGCAUGGCCCUUGGAGUUCUUUCGCCGCGAAUCAAAUUCAAAUAUGAGUGUUUAGUUUUUCACGAACUACCUUUCGCCGAUGACUGGCGUCAGUAUGAGUUCCCACCCAUCAUCACUCCAAAAAGUCAACCUAGUCAUGAACAAAUGGAGGCAAUCGAUCAGUUGAUCGACAAACUAGAUUUGACGGACGCUGAAGCAUUUGAUUCAACGAAAAUGUCUGAUCCCUAUGAAGAGUAUGUUCGCCACGUAAUUGGCUUUAAAGUUCUGAAUCCUGAAGAUCCGUUACCCGAAAUUCCGCCGCACAUAAAAAUGAACCUCCAGCCAUCCCCAUCAUUAAUGGAAGGAGCGAAAGAUGUUUUAGAACGCAUUCAGCAAUUGUUUCCACUACAAAUAACUGGGAAGCUUAAAGUCAACGAUUUUGAAGCUUCUAAACGAGAAGCCAUCCCGGCGACUGCCGAAGAAAUGGAAAGGGAGAUUCAGAAUAAAAAAUCUCGGUUGGAUGUAGGCGGUGAUGUCGAUCUAGGGUUCAUUUUAGGAAUGAACAGUGUUGAUAAGGUUGGAACAACAAACCCAGUCAAAGAUUUCUCGCUUCUUCUUCAAAGUGGCAAGAAAUCAGUUGAAGAAAUCUAUGAUGAAAUGUCAAAAGUUAUACUUGAGUUACUUGAAGACAGUGGAGGCACUAAUGUUCCUCUAAUGGUAAAAGCCAAGAAUUGCAUUGAAGCUUAUCGGGAACAUUCCGUGGCAGAGGGCCGUGUGGCUUAUUUUAACCGCUGGAUGAAGCAGUUUAAAGAACAAGUCAUCAGCAAUUACUUCACUGACUUUUGGCAAAAAUAUUUGACUGAAUCACUGGGUUUGAUCACGAAAGACGAAUGUCCUUUAUCUGACGUUGACAAACAUCAAGCUGAGACAUUCCUUCGAUUACCUAAACAGCAACAAGUGAACGAAAUCGAUUCCGUGGAUGAAGAUGAAGAACUGCUCAAUUUGAUUGACUGAGACAAGUCCAGGUGGUCAGCAGUUGAGAGACGGGAGCAUUGAACGAGAAGGUAACCAAUUCUUUAAAAAGUACAUAUUUCUUACCCUGGAAUAGUUUUUUCAUCUAAGAUUAUCUUUUUUUUUCCCUGUAAAUCUACGUUUUAUUUCCGGGCUUCUUUGGUAACCCGCGUUCCGCACGACUUGGUCUGUUGCGAACAGGACGUUGCAUCAUCGGCUAUUAGUACAUUAUACGAUUCAAUUGCUUAAAUUCACGGUGUGAUAGCGACAUAGCGUUGAUUGAAAAGUUCAGUCAUCCGAAUCAAUCUAAAUUUUUUCCAUCAUAUGAGAAAAAGUACCCAAAAAUCCCGUUCUUUUCCUUGAAAUGUGAUAACAAUGGACACUGAAUAGAUUCUUAAGUUGAUCAAG